AUGGCAUCUCAAUUAGAUCAAGAGUUAAUGUCGACCGGAGCAUUUUCUAUUGAUCAAUUGAUGGAAUUGGCAGGUCUUUCAGUAGCACAAGCGAUUUAUAAACAAUAUCCUCCAGCAACUGCCUCUUCUAAUAAAGUUUUGAUGCUUGUCGGUCCAGGAAAUAAUGGGGGUGAUGGGUUGGUAGCUUCGAGACACUUGAAGAUUUGGGGUUAUGAUCCGGUAUUAUAUUACCCGAAGAAGUCUACGAAGAACGAAUUGUAUAAGAAUUUAUCAAAACAGUUACAAGAUUUGGAAGUUCCCGAGAUUGAGAACCUUGAAGAGGUUAAAUCACUUUUAGAAUCCCCUAAGUCAGUGAAAAUAAUUGUGGAUUCGCUCUUUGGAUUUUCGUUCAAACCACCUAUCCGUGAGCCAUUCGGUGAGUUAAUUAAGUAUUUAUCAAUAAAUCAUUCAAGCCUUCCAGAUAUAGUUUCGGUUGAUAUUCCAUCGGGAUGGGAUGUCGAUAAAGGACCAAUUGACGUUGAUAUUAAUUCUACAAUGUUGAUAAGUCUUACGGCACCUAAACCUUGUUCCGAGCAUUUCUUGAAGGAGGGAAGAGUUCAUUAUUUAGGGGGGAGAUUUAUCAAUCAAAAAAUUGCUCAAAAAUAUGAUAUUGAAGAUUUAGUCAAAUUGUACAAGGGCGAUGAACUAAUUGUAAAGUUAUAA